GGUGAAGCCCAUUUUCCUCCCUCCUCGCUGCGGCGCUGGGCAGCCCCCCCGGUACGCGGUCGCCACUCCGGCCGAGAUGAAUGCUGCGGCAGAAGCCGAGUUCAACAUCCUCCUGGCCACCGACUCCUACAAGGUUACUCACUAUAAACAAUACCCACCCAACACAAGCAAAGUUUAUUCCUACUUUGAAUGCCGUGAAAAGAAGACAGAAAACUCCAAAAUAAGGAAGGUGAAAUACGAGGAAACAGUAUUUUAUGGGUUGCAGUACAUUCUUAAUAAGUACUUAAAAGGUAAAGUAGUGACCAAAGAGAAGAUCCAGGAAGCCAAAGAGGUGUACAAAGAGCAUUUCCAAGAUGAUGUAUUUAAUGAAAAGGGAUGGAACUACAUUCUUGAGAAAUACGAUGGGCAUCUCCCAAUAGAAGUAAAAGCUGUUCCUGAGGGCUCUGUCAUUCCCAGAGGAAAUGUUCUCUUCACAGUGGAAAACACAGAUCCAGAGUGUUAUUGGCUUACAAAUUGGGUUGAGACUAUUCUUGUUCAGUCCUGGUAUCCAAUCACUGUGGCCACAAAUUCUAGAGAGCAGAAGAAAAUAUUGGCCAAAUAUUUAUUAGAAACAUCUGGUAACUUAGUUGGUCUGGAAUACAAGUUGCAUGAUUUUGGCUACAGAGGAGUCUCUUCCCAAGAGACUGCUGGCAUAGGAGCGUCUGCUCAUUUGGUUAACUUCAAAGGAACAGAUACAGUAGCAGGAAUUGCUUUAAUUAAAAAAUACUAUGGAACGAAAGAUCCUGUUCCAGGCUAUUCUAUUCCAGCAGCAGAACACAGUACCAUAACAGCUUGGGGGAAAGACCAUGAAAAAGAUGCUUUUGAACAUAUAGUAACACAGUUUUCAUCAGUGCCUGUAUCUGUGGUCAGCGAUAGUUAUGACAUUUAUAAUGCGUGUGAGAAAAUAUGGGGUGAAGAUCUAAGACAUUUAAUAGUAUCAAGAAGUUCAGAGGCACCACUAAUAAUCAGACCUGAUUCUGGAAAUCCUCUUGACACUGUAUUAAAGGUUUUGGAUAUUUUAGGUAAGAAAUUUCCUAUUACUGAGAACUCAAAGGGCUACAAGUUGCUGCCACCUUAUCUUCGAGUUAUUCAAGGGGAUGGAGUAGAUAUUAAUACCUUACAAGAGGUAUGUGUUUAUACUAAGUGUUCCAAUAAGGUUGUAGAAGGCAUGAAGCAAAAAAAAUGGAGUAUUGAAAAUAUUGCCUUUGGUUCUGGUGGAGCUUUGCUACAAAAAUUAACAAGAGAUCUCUUGAAUUGUUCCUUUAAGUGUAGUUAUGUUGUAACCAAUGGCCUUGGGGUUAAUGUCUUCAAGGACCCAGUUGCUGAUCCCAACAAAAGGUCCAAGAAAGGUCGAUUAUCUUUACAUAAAACACCAGCAGGAAAUUUUGUUACACUUGAGGAAGGAAAAGGAGACCUUGAGGAAUAUGGUCAUGAUCUUCUCCAUACUGUCUUCAAGAAUGGGAAGGUGACAAAAAGCUAUUCAUUUGAUGAAGUAAGAAAAAAUGCAAAGCUGAAUAUUGAACUGGAAGUAGCACCUCACUAGGCUUUGUUUUAUGACUGGGUGUGUGUCCUUGCCUCUGUGUGUGCGUGUACAUGUACGCACCUAUACACCGGUGUGGGUGAGUGUGUGAUACAUAAUGUUCAUUGUACAGAUGUGUGGGGUUUCUUUGUUUUAUGAUACAUUACAGCCAAAUUAUUUGUUGGUUUAUGGACAUACUGCCUUUCUUUUUUCUCCCCAGUGUUUAGGUGAUUUUAAUUAGGCAAUGCACUUGACCACAUAAAAGAUUAAUGCUAAAGUAAGCUUUUUAGGGCCCUUUGCCAAUAGAUAGUAAUUUAAUCUGGUAUUGAUCUUUUCUCAACAGAACUGAGAAACUUUUAUAUAUAACUAAAGAUCACAUAAAACAGAUUUGCAUAAAGUUGUCAUGAUUGCUUUAUGUUUAUAUUUAACUUGUAUUUUUGUACAAACAAGAUUGUGUACAAUAUAUUUAAUGUUUCAGUGAUUUAACAGUCUUUCCAACUUUUCAUGAUUUUUAUGAGCACAGACUUUCAAGAAAAUACUUGAAGAUAAAUUACAUUGCCUUUUGUCCAUUAAUCAGCAAAUAAAACAUGGCCUUAACAAAGUUGUUUGUGUUAUUGUACAAUUUUAAAAUUAUGUCGGGACACACCCUAUAGAAAUACUAACCUCACUGCCCCUUGUAGAAUAUAUAUUAAUCAUUCUACAUUAAAGAAAAUAAUGGUUCUUACUGGAAUGUCUAGGCACUGUACAGUGAUUAUAUAUAUUGGUCAUUGUAUUGUACCAGUGAAAUGCCAAAUUUGAAAGGCCUGUACUGCAGUUUUAUAUGUCAGAUAUUGCCUGUGGCUAUAAUAUGCACCUCAAGAUUUUAAGGAGAUAAUGUUUUUAGAAAGGAUUUCUGCUUCCGCUAUAGAAUAUAUACAUAAAUGUGAAAUAUUGACAAAAGUGGAAGUAGUGUAUUUUAAAGUAAUUACACGUCUGAAUUUAUUUUUCCUAUUCUAUAGUUGAUAUGACUUAAUACUGGAAUGGGUAGUGAGUGUACUUAUUUUAAACUUUUUGAUUCUGUUAUAUUUUCAUUAAGUUUUUUAAAAAUUAAAUUGAAUAUUAAAUUGUAUGGACAUCAUUUAUUUUAAACUGAAUUCCUAAAUAAAUAAUAUUCCAGCAAGUUCUUAAAUGAAGAUGAAUUAUCCCCAGUCAAAAGCAUGAUGACAUGCGUUUAAAUAGAAGAACCUUAACCAAAACAAGAAAAUGGGCUAAAUUCAAAGUAUUCAGCAUCAACAUGUUAUAGAGCAGCGGUUCUCAACCUGGGGGUCGAACGACCCUUUCACAAGGGUCGCCUAAGACCACCGGAAAACACAUAUAAUUACAUAUUGUUUUUGUGAUUAAUCACUAUGUUUUAAUUAUGUUCAAUUUGUAACAAUGAAAUUGGGGGUCACCACAACAUGAGGAACUGUAUUAAAGGGUCGCAGCAUUAGGAAGGUUGAGAACCACUGUUCUAGAGUGAUUAACUGCCAGACUCUGAGUCAGUCGUCACAUCUGACUGGAGACCGACCAUUUGUUUUGGUGGUUUUUUUUUGUUUUGUAGAUGAUUUGUUUAUAUUUAGGUCUGCUCUUUUAAGGCAGCGAGAGGUUGACAACUAAGGCCCACAGGCCACAUUUGGACUGCUUUGUUGUUGUUGUUAAAUAACAUCUUGUCUAUGGCUGCCUUCCCAGACAGCAGCAGAAAUUGAGUAGUUGCAAUAGUGACCACAUGGCCCAGAAACCUGAAAUGUUAAUCUGGCCCUUUAGGACUGUGCCUUCAAUUUUAAGAGAAAUGUUGACUUCAGGGAAGGUAGGAGGUUAAGUUGAUAAUGGAGUUUGUUUCUCAUCCUUUCUUUUCUCAUUUAAGAAUCUGAUUAAAUGUGAAAUUUUAAAAAUUGAAAAGCCAUAAAUCUUCUUCCUGAACAAUUACAUGAGAAAGUAUUUUAUUAGUAUUUUCUUAAAAUAAUCUAAUGAGAGGUGAGUUACCUUUAUUAAACAUCUUUUAUAACAUUAAAAAUAUAGGUUUUUGCAGAUGAUUCUAAACACUUGUUAAAGAGAAUAAUAAGUUUUAUUCACUUUCAGUAAAAGUUUUCAUCCUGUAAUUUCUGGUAGAAAAUAAUUUUAAGAUGAUUUUUAAAUGUAUCUAAGUAAAGAUUAGUAGUAUUAAAAAGAACGCAUCUUUUCACAAAAUGUGCUCUAAGGGGCUUAUAAAGAAUUAAAAGAACUAUAUUACAAAUAACUGAUACCACCUGUAAGUUUGAUUUAAUUUGUUUAAACACUGGAAUUGAACUAAAGGCAAUAUUUUUUUUGUACUGUGAAUAUCAGCAAUUUCAGAGUAUCUAGAGGAAUUUUAAGACUUUCAGAGAAUGCUAAAAUCUGUACAUUUGGAUAUGGCCAUAGAUUGCGGGGUGGGAUGAUUAAUUCUGUUCACUCUUACUCAUUUGGAACUGACUAACCCUGAAUUUCCAUCAAUAAGCACCACUCUGAAUAACAAUGGUUAGCAUAGGUACCAGAUAGAACUCUGCUGUGUUGCCCUUUAAAUCAGCCUAACUGUUCCAGACAAAAGCAAGAGGCAUGUAUGGCUUUCCUUAAGUCAUUAGAUGUGCAGCUGACAUCGGUUAAUCCCUCUCAAUUCAUAAUAUAAAGUAUUUGUAUUUUAAAUAGAAGAUAGGUGUUCUGUAUUAAGUCUCUUUAUUUGUACUAUAUAGUUAAAGUGGUUUUCGUGAUUAUCCCUUAUUUCCUUUAUUGCAAUAAACUGUUAUAAAAAAUAUUUUACCAUUUGGGAAACUAGAAAAAGGAAAAAUGGCAAGGUAUUUAUUGUUCUGUUUGCCAUAAUUUAGAAUUAAACACUUAAACAAGUA